AUGGCGGAGUCGGCCGCGUCCAUCGAGGGCCAGCUCUGGCUCGUCUUCACGUUCUACACGAUCCGCGGCAACGCGUCGGACCCGGAGCGGCUCACGGCCGCGGCCCUGAGCCGCCUCUGCAAGGACUGCCAGAUGUACAGCAAGGCCGUGCACGGCAACGCGAUCAGCGAGCGCCAGGUCGAGGUGGCCUGCGCGGCGCUCCGGCGGCGCAGCGUCGACCGCGCGCGGCAGGGCGCCGUGAAGCAGGCGCUCGGCGACAGCGACGCGUUCGGCGCGGAGCGCGAGGUCUACCGGUCGCGCGGCGCGCGCGGCGGCAGCGGCCUGAGCCACGCCGAGGGCGCCUGGCGGGGCCUCACGUUUCGCGAGUUCCUCAACGCCCUCGUCCUCUUCGCCGAGCGCCUCUUCCCCGUCGAGGGCUCGGACCGCGACCGCGCGAUGACCGAGCUCGCCGCGCUCGAGGAGCGGGGGAAGCCCCGGAGCGGGACCUACGUGGCCGCGUCCCAGCGGUCGCGGUCGCGGGAGGAGGCCUUCGAGCGCCUGCUCAUGGAGUGCGUGCUGCCCCUCGCGAGCCGCCGCGUGCCCGCGGAGCUGGGCGGCGCGCUCGACGACGCGGACGUCCUCGAGAUCCGCGACGCGUUCGAGGACGAGCUCUUCGAGCUCUUCGCCUUCUACGCGGCGCGGUCCCAGGCGAAGACCGAGGCCGUCGACGCCCAGUCCGCGCCGGACUGGUCCGAGUACACGCUCGGCAGCGACGAGCGCGCGGCGACGCGGACGCUGCACGGCGCGGGCGACCGCGCGCGCUACGAGCGCCUCAAGCGCCGCAGCGCCCACGUCGCGCUCCACUGGGAGGACUUUGGGCGCUUCGCGCGCGACUUCGGGCUCGCGGGCGGCUCGCUGCUCAGCGCCGUCGACGUCGCGGACGCGUACCUCGCGUGCGUGACGCUCGACGACGUCGACGGCGCGGCGUCGGCGUCCCAGUCCGCGCGCGCGUCCGUCGGCGACGCCGCGGGCUGCCGCAAGGGCUGGCGCCAGCGGCGCCUCCACUUCGACGGCUUCUGGGAGACGCUCGUGCGCUGCGCGCUCGUCUACGGCGCGGCCGCGCCGCCGGCGGUGCCCGUCGCGGAGAAGGUCAAGGCGCUGCUCCUCUUCCUCUACAAGAACCGCAUCGGCCGCGAGGCCGACGGCGUCAAGCACGAGCGGGCCGACUCGUCCAAGUACCUCCGGAGCGACCUCAUCAUGCGCGCGGACAAGUUCACGAAGCGCUUCAAGCAGGUCUGGGCGCGCGACGGCUACCGCGCCUACGGCGAGGCCACCGACUCGCCGCGCGGCGACGCGCGCGCGGAGGCGCAGACCGUGCUCGAGACGCUCCUCACGUCGAAGCGCACGCCGGGCGACGGCGAAAACGAGGAGGACGAGGAGGAGAAGCCCGUGACGCUCCUCGUCGACGACGACGACCUCGGCGACGCCCGCUUCACCGUCGCCGACGUCGAGGAGCUCAUCAAGCGCCGGCCCCUCAUCGGCCGCAUGCUCCAGCUCACCAUCGAGGCGACGAAGUCCGCGUGGAUCCCUCGGCGCCAGCGGCGGUCGGCGCACGUCCAGCCGGGCUUGGGCAACACCAUGUCCGUGAAGACCGUGCUCUUCAACGCGCUCCAGGGCGUCAUCGGCGACCUCAUCGUGGGCUUCACGGCGGACAAGCUCAAGGUGGGCCUCUGGAGCGGGAAGAUCGAGCUCGACAACCUCGAGGUCAACGUCGAGGCCGCGCGGAAGCUCGGGCUGCCGGUGCGGAUCGUCUUCGGCAAGGUCGCGCGGCUCUCCGUGUCCAUCCCCUGGACCGCGCUCGGGUCCCAGCCCGUGCGCAUUUUCAUCAGGGGCGUCAGCGUCCUCGCCGCGCCCGAGGCGUCGCCGGCGGACAGCGCGGAUCUCGCGAAGGAGCUCGGCGACGCGCUCGCGGCGCGGCUCGAGGCCGCGGACGCGGCCUUCCUCGCGAAGCUCGACGCGGGCGACGACGGCGCCAAGGGCGGCAAGUACUACGAGAAAUUCGUCGCGAAGAUCGUGGACAAUUUGGAGGUCUCCGUCGAGGACGCGCACGUCCGCCUCGAGGACGGCGGCGACUUCGCGUGCGGCUUCGUGCUCCGGUCCUUCGUCGCGCGCGCGGCCGACGCGUCCUGGGCCGCGGCCUUCGUCGAGCGCAGCGGCGACGCGCUCCUGCGGAAUUUGGUGUCGCUGCAGGGCGUCGCGUGCUACUGGGACGACGCGAACGCAGGCGCGGGCGACGACCCGGAGGCGUUCCUGCAGGGCAAGAUCCCGCGGGAGGGCUCCGGGGCGCCGGCGAAUUGGGUCCUCGCACCCCUGGACGGCGCCCUGCGGCUCACGCGCAACGAGGCCUUCAAGGACGGGUUCCCGCAGUACGACGUCGGCCUCGAGGUCGGCGGAGACGCGGGCGCGGCGUUCACGCUCAAGGCCGCGAGCGCGAAGAAGCUGCUCGCCUUUUUCAAGCGGGCGGACCUGCUGGCGCGCCAGCGGCAGCUCGCGCACCUCCACCCCAAGGCCGUGCUCGGGGAUCGCGCGCGGCCCGUCGCGCGGGGGGCGUGCGCGCGGGCCUGGUGGACCUACGCGCUGCGCCUCGCCUGCCCGCGCUACGCGGAGCGGGCGCGCCAGCGCGAGGCCCUCCGCCACUUCGGGGCGAUCCGCGAGCGGGACCGCUACACGGCGCUCUUCGAGGCCGCGUCGGACGGCGAGGCCGCCGCCGAUCGCGACGAGCGGCGCGCCGUCGAGCGGCAGGCGCCCUUCGAGGUGCUCUGCCUCUGGCGCCAGCGGUCGCUCCUCGCGCGGCGCCGCGAGCGCAAGCGCAGCGACGCCACGGAGCGGUCGAAGAAGUGGUGGCGCUGGGGGUCGCGGUCGACGUCGGACGUCGCGGACGACGACGACGACGUGCGCCACGAGGACCUCGAGGCGCUCUUCCACGUCGACGACGAGGCGGCGGCGGCGCCGCGGGGCUUCGAGAUCCUGCGGCUGCGCGCGCUGACGGGCGCGCGCGUCGCGCUCGUGGGGCCCGCGGGCCCCGUCGGCGAGCUCGCCGUCGCCGCGGAGAUCGCCGCGACGGCGACGGCGGACUUCGAGAGCCUCCACGUCGACGCGAAGCUCACGGAGUUCGGCUUCGCGGACCUGACGGGCGCGCUCGCGCGGAGCGGCGUGCCCGGCGGCUUCGUGGUCGCGCCGCGCGGCACGGCGUCGGACUGGCCCGUGAAGCUCGAGGUCGCGCGGACCAAGGCCGGCGAGCUCUCCCCCAUCGUCGCGACCCUGGACUGCGACGCCUACGGCUUCGCCUACCACCGGCCCUGGAUCGACGGCUUCCUCGAGGCCUUCGUGACGGACGUCUUCAAGGACGACGACCUCGCGACGGCCACGGCGGCGGCCAAGGACGCGCUGCUCGAGGCGGCGACGGAGGCGCUGGCGAAGCGCGACGUGUCGACGGCGGCGUCGCGCGCGGACGAGUUCGCCGGCGCGCCGAAGAGCUUCACCCUCAAGGCGAACGUCGGCGCGCCCGCGCUCGUCGUCCCCCGGAGCUGGGCCGAGGACCGGGGCCGCGUCGUCGUCGACAUGGGCACGUGCGCCCUCGGCGGCGCCAUGGCCGACGUGGGCCAGCGCUGGGAUCUGGAUCUGCGGAACGCGACGCUCCAGCUCUUCGCGUCCGCCGCCGGCGCCGGCCGCGACGUCGUCGCGCCGUUCGGGCUCAAGGCGGCCGUCGACGUCUUCGACGGCGCGCCCCUGGAUAUCGACCUCGCCCUCACGGGCGACCUCGCGCUGACGCUCGCGCCGGCGGACGCGACGGCGCUCCUCGAGGUCGCCGCGGCGCUCGGCGGCGCGGGCGGCGACGAGGUCGCCGAGGCCGAGGCCGCGCUGGAGCGGGACGUGCUCGACGUGCUGGAGACGCUCGAGGACGACAUGGUCAAGCCGUCGGCGACGCGCCUCGCGACGCUGGACGUGCGCGCGGCCGUCGCGAACCUCGAGAUCGUCGUGCUGACCGACGACGGCGACCGCGUCUACUGCCUCGCGGCGCGCGGCGUCGCCGCGUCGUUCCGCACCUUCGACGCCGGCGGCCUGGAGCUGGACGCGACGCUGCGCGAGCUGUCGCUGACGGAGGCGGCGUCGGGCGCCGUGCUGCUGGAGUCGUUCGGCGACGCGGCGUCCGAGGCCGCGGCGGCGGCCGCGGGCCGCGCGUUCAGGGCGCUGCCGACGGCGCGGUCCCAGAACCUGGACGUGCGCGACUCGCUCGUCGCCUUCUCGUUGCGCACCUUCGACGGCUUCGAGGACGGCUUCCAGUCGUUCCACACGGACUGCGAGGUCGCGUUCGCGUCCGUCAAGCUCGCGACGUCCGGCGAGAACUUGAGGCCCCUCAAGCCCUUCUGGGACGGCGUCCAGCGGGGCCUCGAGGCCUUUGGCGGGCCGGCGCCGCCGCCCGUCGAGGACAAGGCGGCGUCGCCGGCGGCGGCGGAGGAGCCGCGCGCGCUCCGCGUCGCGCUGCGCCUCGGCGAGGUCGCGAUCGUGCUCACGGACGGGGGCGUCGACGUCGCGGCCGCGGCGGUGACGGGCGGCGCCGUCGUCUGGACGAGCGCGGGCGUCGUCGCCGACGCCGCCGUGCGCCUCGCGAACCUGCGAUUGACGGACGCGCGGCCGUCGAGCGAGGGCCGCGCGUUCCGCGAGAUGGUCGUGCCCUGGGCGUCCGGCGACGACGAGAGCGGACGAGCCCUCGACGCGCUGCUCGCCAUGUCGUCGGGCGACGCCCUCGUGGAGCUGCCCGCCGACGACCUGCUGCUGGCCGUGGACUACCGCGACGAGGACGGCCACAAGAGCGUGUCCGCGUCCGCGCACCCCGUGACGGUCCAGCUCCACCGCGAGCCCAUCGCCGCGGGCCUGAGCGCGGUGCUGGAGCUCAAGGACGCGCUGGUCUAUGUGUUUGCGUCGGGCCGCGCCGACGAGGCGGCCGCGGCGCCCGCGGCCGCGGCUGUGGACGACGCCGCGGAGUCGGAGCUCGUCGUCCAGGUCGAGCUGCGGGCCGCCGAGGUUUUAUUGCUCGAGGACGCGGGAGCGCAGACGACGCGGGCCCUCGCCAUGCGCUUCGGCGCGGGCUACACCUACUCGAACCGGACGCGGGGCCGGCACGCGGAGGUCGUCACGUCCGCCGCGGUGCACCACCUCGCCGCGUCGCUCGCGGAGGACGGCCUCGGCGCGGCGCUCCACCGGCUCGUGGCGCCGACGACGGUGUCGUUCCGCCUGGAGAAGCAGUUCGACGGCGAGAUCAUGUACGACUCGAAGGUCGACGCGCACGUGAGCGACGUCGACGUCCGCGCGUCGUACCGCGAUGUGAUCUCCGUCUGCGCGGUGCUCCGCGGGGCGCUCAACGACGGCGGGCCGGCGGCAACGGCGGAGGAGGGCGUCGCGGAGACGACGGCGGCGGCGGCGGCGAAGCCCGCGGCGGGGCGCGUCGUCACCGCGCGCUACGAGGCGCACCUCGUCGGCUGCCGCGUCGUCCUCGUCGACGACUCGCGCGGGCCCGCGGUGCCUCUGUUGGACGCGACGCUGCGCCACGUCGACGCGUCGCUCCGGGGGCCGACGACGGCGCUCGAGGGCGGGGCGUCCCUGGAGCUCACGGCGAAAUGCUUCAACCCCGACUGCCUGAGGUUCGAGCCGCUCCUCGAGACGUACGCGCUCCGGUGCCGCCUCGACGCGGCCCUGGACGACGCGACGGGCGGCCUCGACUCGCUGACCGUCGACCUGGCGUCCGACGACGUGUUAGACGCCACGCUGUCGACGUCCUUCGUCGCGCGGCUCCUGGAGCUCGAGACGCAGCUCGUCAAGACCGUCACGUCCAGGGCCGACGGCGGAGCGUCGCUGAUCGCGCGGCGCGACGAGCCCGCGCUCCGCGUCCGCAACGAGACGUUGAAGGCCCUGGAGAUCCGGCCGGCGACGGGCGCCUGGCGGCCCUUCCCGCCGCGGGGCGCCGUCGCCCUGGGCCGCGAGGGCGGCCGCGGCGACGCGGCGUCGAUGGACCUGCCGGCGGCGGUCGACGUCCGCGGCGAGGGCCUGGACUUUUCGGGCCUCGUCGCGUCGGCGCCCUGCCACGUCGCCGUCGGCGGCGGCCUCAUGUGGGUCGUCGCCUUCGACGAGCGGUCGGGCGUCGUCUCGGGCGUCCUGCGGAGCCGCGUCGUCGUCCGCAACUUCCUGCCCUGCGCGUUCGACGUCGCGCGGUCCGACGCGCCCCAGGCGCCCGCGGAGGCGCCGGGCGGCGGCGCGGAGACGCCGCUGCCCCUGCGCCUCGCGGAGGACGGCGCGGCGCUCUUCUUCCGGCGCGCGGACGACGGCUUCGAGUACGGCGGCGGCGAGCCGCUGCGCGCGUGGGGCGGCGGCGGCGGCCAGGGCGCGCGGAAGAAGCGCUUGGUGAUCUCGAAGCGCCCGGGCGAGGCGGCCGUCGCCGUCGUCGGCGCGGCGAGCGGAAACGGCGAGGCCGUCGUGACGCUGCACCCGCCCGUGACCGUGGAGAACCGGCUGCCCUGCGGCGUCCUCGUGACGCUCCAGGUCGGGUCGCGCGGCGAGUCGCGCGUCCGCGUGGCCCCGGGCGGCCGGGGCGCCGUCGUGGACGUGGACGUGUCCGGCGGCGUCUGGGUGUCGCUCCGGGUGGGCGCGUUCAAGGGCCGCUGCGACGCGAAGAUCGUGCCCAGGAACUGCCCGCGCCGGGCCGGCGACCGGCCGUCGGCGACGUCGCGCGGCGUCCACGACGUCCUGCUGGGCGACGACGGCGAGCGCCACGCGACGGUCGGCGUGCGCUGCGAGAAGCGGCACCGGGGUCUAGGCCUGGCAAUCAUCCUCGAGAGCCCGCUCUGGGCCGUGGACAAGACGGGGCUCGGGCUCGACCUCGCCGCGGCGCCCGGGCGGCCGCGGCCCGACGCGGCGUCGCUGCGGGGCCGCCUGCUCAAAAAAAAGUCCGUGCGGCGCGCGUCGGCCUUGGUGGCCGACGGCCGCCACUUCGUGGCCGUGCCCGAGGCGCUCGCGCCCUUCGUCGCGUCCGCGCGCGUCGCGUCGACCCGGAAGCACGAGAUCCUCGAGCGGCCGCCGGCGGCGGCCUACGCGGACGAGACGCUCUACACGUUCCACGCGCUGCCGCCGCCGCUGGACGCCGCGCUCUACCUCCCGACGCAGCACGCGGAGCGGAACCCGACGCAGAUGGCGGGCAACGCGGCGGAGAAGGUCUUCGGCGGCCUCGGCCGCGCGCUCAAGGGCCAGGGCUCCGUCGCCGCGCCGCCGGGGCGCUACCUGACGCUCGAGGCCGGGAGCCGGGGUUUAGACGUCUACGUGGCGCUGGACGCGCGCGCCGCGAAGCCGCCGCGGUGGCUCGUGGAGCGGUUCGCGCGCGCGACGGACGCGGGCGCGGUCGUCGUCGAGAAGCGGCGCCACGCGCUGUCGCUCGAGCAGGCGCCGGACCUGCGGUCCUUCGCCGUGUGGAAGCACUCCCUGGCGCCCGGCGACACCUGCGACCUGGGCUACAACGAGGAGAAGUCCAUGUACCUCGUCUUCCUGGGCCGGCCCGCGUCGAAGCGGCGCGCGUCGGCGGUGUCGCCCGAGGACGCGGCCGCGGGGUCCUGGGCCUACGACGGCUGGCCGGGCUACGACUGGCUCGACCCCGACGUGUCGCACCAGGCCCUGCUCCACUCCUACGACGGCCACCUCGCCGCGGGCUCGGGCGGGGCCUGGAGCGCGCGCUACGUCGUCGGCGCGGCGCGCUUCCCCGUCGAUUUGAGGGACGGCGCGCGGCGCUUCGAGCUCGAGGCGCGGCCCGUCACCCUCAAAGGCGUCUUCGGCGCGGGCGCGGGCCUCGCCGUGGAGCUCGCCCCGCGCUUCGCGCUCUGGAACGUCGACGACGAGGCGACGAUCGUCGCGCGGCAGGCCGGCGGCUCCCGCGAGGGGUGGCUCGGCCUCGAGCGCCGCGGCGACCGCGCGAAGCCCUGGCACUGGCCCGACGCCGACCGGCCCAAGGUGUUGGAGUUUGGGGUGUUACAAGACGACGGCGACGUCUGCUGGAGCUGCGGGUCCUUGGCCAUCGACAACCUGGGCGGCCACGCGUUACUCUUACGGGACCUCGCGACGGUCGCGCGCGUCGAGGUCCGCGUCAGCGAGUCGACGCACCGGCCGCCCUUCGAGGCCGUGACCGUGCGGGUCUGCGUGGAUCGCCUGGGGCACCGGCCCCUGUUCCUCGCGAAGAACGACUCGAAGCAUCGCCUCGCGCUCUACCACGGCGCCCGGCCGCUCGGCGACGUGCUCCCGGGGGCCGAGCGGCCCUUCGGCUGGGCCGACGCGGCGUCGAAGCGCGUCCUCACGGUCCAGUUCCCGGACCUGCCCGGCGCGCCGACGGGCGGCGACGUCGACGCCGACGCGGUCAACGCCGCGGGCCGCGAGGUGUUGAGAGGGGUCGUCGAGAGCUCCGCGACGGUCGCCGACGGGUCGCGCGUCGUCCGCUUCGGCGACGCGGGCGCCUUCUUCGACGAGCCGGAAAACCCGGAGCCGGAGGCGCAAGGCACGCAGACCUUCACGGCGACGCUCGGCGGCUGCGCGGUCCACGUCGUCCACGGCCGCGGCGCGGCGCGGUCCGAGCUCGCGUGCGCGCACCUGCGCGCCGUGCGCCUGAAGAUGGCGCGGUCGGGCGACGCCGACGAGUUCGAGGCGCGCGUGAAGACGUUCCAGGUCGACAACCACUGCGCGGACGCGAGGUGGCCCGCGCUCGUGAACGGCACGCAGGAGGACCGCGUCGCGCGGCUCGCGCGGCAGACGAGCUCCCUCGUGGGCCUCGACGACGACGCGGCGACGCCGGACAUGGUCGAGGUCGCGGCCGUGUACAACACGCACGCGGGGACGACGCCGACGCUCAAGUAUCUGGCCGCGAGGGCGUUGCCCGUCGAGGUCUUCGGCGACGCGAACUCGCUGUCGAAAUUAAAGCUGGCCGCGGACGCCGUGGGCGACGCGCUCCACGCGGACGCGCACGUCGACGACGACCCGGAGGCCUGGGCGCAGAACCUCGUGGACGCGGCGAAGGACCCGAAGGACGUCGCGGACGAGCGCGCCGUCGCGCUGCGGCCGCGCGGCGUCGUCGAGGCGCUCGUGCUGCACCCCGUGGCGCUGACCGUGAGCUUCGCGCCGCCGGCGCCGGGCGGGCCGGACGACGACGACGACGACGAGAACGCGUUCUCGACGCUCGCGGUCGUGUCGAACCUCGCGGAGUUGGACCGCGCGGAGGUGCGGCUCAAGUCGUUCGCCGUCGAGAACGCGGUCGAGGAGCCCCACGACCUCGCGCGGAAGAUCGGGCGCCACUACGCGACGACGCUCGUCUUCCAGUUGCACAAGGUCGUCGGGUCGCUGGCGUCCCUGGGCCAGCCGGCGAACUUGGUGGGCACGAUCGGCAACGGCGUGAAAGAAUUCUUCUACGCGCCCGCGCGCGGCGUCGUCCAGUCGCCCAAGGCCUUCGCCCAGGGCGUCUACUCGGGCACGACGGGCCUCGCGGCGUCCGUCGUCGGCGGCGUCGGGUCGUCGGUGUCGGGCGUCUCGCAGGCCAUCUCGCAGAACGUGUCGCUCCUGAGCGGCGACGCGGACUUCCUCCGCGAGCGCGAGGCGCGGCGGCGGAACCACCGGGACCAGGCGAGCGCCCACGCGGAGCAGUACGGCGCCGCCGGCGCGGCGGCGUCGGGCGUCUUCGGCGGCGCCGCGGCCAUCGUCGGCGGCGUCGCGGACGGCGUCGGCGGCAUCUUCACGAAGCCCGUCGAGGGCGCGCAGCGCGACGGCGCGCUGGGCUUCUUCAAGGGCGUCGCCAAGGGCAUCGCCGGCGUCGCCGUCAAGCCCGUCGUCGGCGUCCUCGACGGCGCGUCCGUCAUCCUCGACGGCGUCUCGCAGGGCGCCGUGGCCACGCCGCUCGCGCGCCACGUCGGCCCGCCGAAGAGCCUCGUGCGCCUCCCGAACUCGGAGCAGCUCGUCCUCGCGGGGAGCGCGGGGCUCGGGGCCGCGCCGCCGACGACCGCGGCGCCGACGCCGAGCCUCGCGGGGUCGCUCCUCUCCUGGGCGACGGCGCGGCGGCCCGCGAAGUCGGGCGCCGAGGCGCCGUUGACCGCCGCGUCGGCCGAGUCGCUGCGGCGCCGGUCGCGGCUGCCGCGGCAGGGCCGGCUCACGAUCCACGACCUGCUCCGAUCCGAGGUGCUCCUCCAGCACGACGACGGGAGCGCGGCGCCGGACGACGUCGACGCCGUCGCGGCCCAGUUCGCCGCCUUCGUGCGCGAGCGCUUCGCCUACGAGCUCGUCGAGUUCUACCUCCGCGUCGAGCGCUACCGCCGCUGCGGCGGCCGCGAGGCCGCGGCCGUCGCGGCGUCCAUCGCGGCGACCUUCGUCGCCCGCGGCGCGCCGCGGGAGGUCAACGUCAGCGACGCGGCGCGCCACGCGGCGCUCCAGCGCGCCGCGGGCGGCGCCGCGCCCCAGCCGGACGCGUUCGACGCGCUCCAGGCCGAGGUCGUCCACAUCCUGGCCGUCGACUUCCUGACGCCUUUUCUCAAGGAGACCUUGGACGCCCAGAAGCCGGCGAAGCGCGCCCGGCGCCGGGCGGCGCGCCGCGACGUCGCCGCGAAACUUUUGGCCUACGUCGCGUCUCGCCACGUGCUCGCGGACCGGCCCGCGCCGUCGCCCGCGGCCGGCGACGGCCUCGCGGACGCGCCGCCGGCGCCGCGCGACGCGUGGUGGGUCGGCCCGCGGGCGCUGGGCGACGCGCUGCGGACGCGGGGCGCGCUGCUCAAGCGGUCGCGGCCCGGCGGCCUCCGGGGCGGCCGGCCGAGCUGGCGGCGGCGCUGGUUCGUUCUGGACGUCCGCGGUGGCGCGAUCCGCUACUACGCCGACGCGGGCGAGCGCCGCGGGCGGCCGCCGCUGCGCUUCUCGCCGGCCGCGGCCGUCGGCGAGGCGCGCGCGCCGGGCGCGUCGCCCGACGAGCGGCGGCGGACGCUCGAGCUCCGGGGCCUCGUCGACGACGCGGGCGCGACGCGCGCCGUCGUGCUCCGCGCGCCGACGAGCCGCGAGGCCGACGAGUGGCGGCGGUCCCUGGCCUACGCGGCGCGGCUCGCGUCGCGGCGCGGCGCGCUCGGCGUCUCGGCCGAGUCCCUCGGCGCGUCCGACGACGAGUUCGAGGGCGCGCGGCGCCUCGCGCGGCCGCCGGGCCCGCGGCGGCCCGCGUCGCUCACGGUCGCGCGGAGCCAGCCCGUCGUGCGCAUGCCCUGGCGGCCCGCGGCGCGCGGCGAGCCCGCGCGCGAGCCGCCGCCGACGCCGUCGAGCCCCGUCAUCAUCGACGCGCUCCGGCGCGUCGUCCGCGAGGGCGACGACGCCGUCGACGCGGACGCCGUCGACGAGGCCGUCGCGAGCCGCGACUCGCUGGCCCUCGGCGACAACAUCGCCACGGCCCUCGCGGCCGGCGGCGACGACCGGGAGUCGCUCGGCCUCUCCGCGGCCCGCGAGGACCUCUGGGACCUCCUGCUCAAGUCGCGCGGGGGGACGCUGCCGGCCUAA